AUGUUCAUUUCAAAGAGAGCCCUUCUCGCCCUUGCUGCCGUCGCAGCGGCCCACGGUGACCAUCGCCAGGAGCCUCUCGCCGGACCUCAUAAGGGGUUGUGGUAUAAUACCAUUCCUGGUGAUGGUGGGACGCAGGCCGACUCUGUCUUCUCCGGUAUCUCGACCUUCGGCCGCUUGCCAUACUUCCCCUGUCUCGCGAGUGAAGACGAGAAGUAUGAUAUUGCAUUCAUUGGUGCCCCAUUCGACACGGGCACCUCAUACAGACCCGGUGCAAGAUUCGGCCCCAGCGGGAUUAGGCAGGGCUCCCGUCGGUUGAACCUCUACGGUGGCUAUAAUGUUCCCCUUGAGGCGAACCCAUUCGUCGGUGACCUCCGGAUCCUGGACUGUGGUGACAUUCCCGUGACUUCAUAUGACAACGGCUGGGCCAUCCAGCAAAUCGAAUAUGGCCACAACAAUCUACUCAUGCGGAAGCCCUUCACCAAUGCUGAUGAGAACGGUCUCUCAAGAGCGGGCAAGACCCUCCCCCGCAUUAUCACCAUGGGUGGCGACCAUACAAUCACCCUACCCUUGCUGCGGAGUAUUAACAAGGCUUACGGGCCGGUUACGGUGAUUCACUUCGAUAGUCAUCUUGACUCGUGGAAGCCAAAGGUUUUUGGCGGAUCGCCUAGCGAAGUUGCUUCGAUUAACCACGGCACUUACUUUUACCAUGCGGCCAUGGAAGGCUUGUUGAGAAACGAUACCAACAUCCACGCCGGUAUUCGGACGACCCUGUCGGGACCGUCGGACUAUGAGAAUGACGGAUACUGUGGAUUUGAGAUUGUUGAGGCAAGAGAAAUCGAUACCAUUGGUAUCGAGGGAAUCAUAAAGAAGAUCAGGGACCGCGUUGGUACCGAGAACCCGAUUUACCUUUCGAUUGAUAUCGAUACUCUGGAUCCUGCUUUCGCUCCCGGUACCGGAACCCCCGAGACAGGCGGCUGGACAACACGCGAGCUGCGUACUAUUGUCCGCGGCCUGGACGGAAUCAACCUCAUUGGCGCGGACAUCGUCGAGGUCUCUCCGGCGUACGAUACAAAUGCUGAGCUGUCGACUAUGGCCGCUGCGGACGUUCUUUAUGAAAUUAUGACCAUGAUGGUGAAGAAGGGACCGUUGUCGCUUCCUGCCAGGAAUGACCUGUGA